AUGGCGCGGAGGACCCGGAGAGAGCUGGCAGCCCACUGGGCCUGGGCCCGGAACUGCAAGGCUGCUCUGGGUCUGUGGCGCCGGCGGCUGGAGCAGCAGCGGGCAGAGGAGCAAUGGGCCCAGGUGCAGGGCUGGAGACGGAAACAUAAUGCACUGCACCACUGGCACUCCUGCUGGCAGAGGCAGCAGGUCUUGCAUGAAAAGUACCAGGCGUGGACCCGAGUUCGCCUCCAGGGCCUAGGAAAGGCCAUGCUCCAGGGCUGGCAGCAGGCCACAGCUCAUCAGAGACAAAGGGUGACGAGGCCAGAGCGGCUCCUACUGCAGAGCCAUUUCCAGGCCUGGCAGGGGUUUGUGAGGGAGACUAGGGUACUCCAAACCCAGUGCCGAGUCUUCUGGGACAACCGAACAAGAAGGGUGCUGGGGGCUGCAUUUGCUGUGUGGUGGGAAGCCCUGGUGGCUGUAGUCCAGACUCGGAAGCAAUUUGUGGCCGGGGCUGCCAUCUCCUGCUGGAGCAAGGUCAGGCUGCAUGGUCGAGCGCACAAGAGGCUGAGACAGACCUGCACCCAGCAGGCGUAUGUAGCAUGGCGGAGGGCCCCUGGCCAGCACCAGGAGCCUCGACGGCAGGCAGAAGAGAAGACCCAGGCCUGGGCCAGGGUGGCCCUAUGCUGGAUGCUGUGGGUAUAUGAGUCCCACCUGCUCCAGGUCAGCCAAGUCCAUGCUGCCCAAAAGCUGAGCACCCGGGUCCUAGAGGCUUGGGCUGAGGCAGUGGCCCAGGCUCGUGCCCAUCGAGUUGGUUUUGCCCAGCUCCAGCAGGCUGGGCCCACGCCCCGUCUUCAAACACACUGGGCCCAGGGGCAGGCACCACUCAGAGUGCAGCUGGAAACAUGGGCUGAGGCCAAGGAGGCCAGCACCGUUCGUCCCAGAUCUGAGGGUGACCUCAAGCUCUGUCCGAUGCUGUCCAGCAGAGAGUAUCUCCUGUUUCCAGUGAGCACCCCUGCCCAGUGGAUGCAGAUGACCCAGUACAGGAUCUCAGGUGGCUCCCACCCUGCCAGCCUCCCCUCCAUCGUGCUGUGCAGCUCUGGCUGCAGUGGCCUGUCUCCUGUCACUGGGCCCAGUGCUUGCCCCUUCAGACAACACCCAGCAGAUCCCCUCUGGGAGCCGGCAGACACUGCAGCAGAUCCCUCCAAGGCUCUGGAGAGGAGCGCCAGAGGCUGGGGUGAGAGUGGCUGUGGGCAUGCCUGGGGGGGCGGCUAUCUGAGUGAGGCAGCUGUGCACGAGCAGGGGAGGACCAGGAACUCACAGCACUGGCACCUCGAGGCACUGCUUGGCCAGCUUCGGGACUCCCAGCAGGCCAAGUGCCUAGCAGCUGCGUGGCAGCAGUGGGUAGAUGCUCUCAGGGAAGAGCAGCUAGCAGCAACCCUGCUCAGGCAGUGGCACCUGAGAUGGGCCUGGAGGCUGUGGAGGCGGCGGGUCCUGCAGCUGUGGGUGGCUCAGCGCUUUCUGCGACAAGAAGACAGCUGGAUCCUUUCCCAGGACAGUGGGGCCCCACGGGAACACCAGGUUCCUUGUGGGAUGAACUCCAGUCCAGCCAGAGUCUGGAAGCCUCACACCAUGCUAGCUGCCAUCAUCGUGGGGGUGGAGGACAGGCUCACCGCCAGAGGAGGACAGUGA